UGUCGGACGUCAGAUGUCACUGUAAUUCGUUCAAUUGAUCAUGUCAAAAUGGCUACUGCUAACUUCGUUUUGUCUGACGAUCCGUCGACGGGAGAUGUCAGCGAUUCACUUUUCAGUAAUUUUUACGCCGAGGUGAAAGAAAUAGAGAAGAGGGAUUCAAAUUUGACACCGAAACAACAAAUUGAUCGCCUUCUUCGACCAGGUUCGACAUAUUUUAACUUAAAUCCCUUUGAGGUUUUACAAGUAGAACCAGAAUCUUCAAUGGAAGAAGUCAAAAAACAAUAUCGGAAGUUAUCAAUAUUAGUUCAUCCUGACAAGAAUUGCAAUGACAAAGAUAGAGCACAAAAAGCCUUUGACAUUAUAAAUAAAGCAUAUAAAAUUUUAGAAAGUGAAGAACUUAAGAACAAAGCAAUGGAAGUUGUGGAAGAAGCUAAAGCGAGAACAAAUCAAAUGAUUGAAGAAAAAAGAAAGAAACAAAAGAAAGCUGGAAAGGAAAGCAAAAUUGAGGAAGAUGAUCCUGCUAAAUACAAACAUGCAGUAUAUGUUAUGACAAUGAAAUUAUUUGCCGAUAUGGAAAGGAAGCGAAGACAACAAGAAGAUAGAGACAUGGAAGAAAGGAAAAGGAAGAGAGAACAAGAAAUAGCUGAAGAAGAAAGAAAAAAAUUAGAAGUUGAAUGGCAAAAAAAUUAUGAAGAUAGUCGAGAAAGUCGUGUGAACAGUUGGAAAGCUUUCAAAACUGGAAACAAGAGUAAGAAGCUAAAAGAAUUUCGACCUCCAAAACACAAAGCAGAGACAAGAUGAAUAUCAUUUGCUACUCUUGAUGUUUUAACAUUUUGUAUUGUCUAGAAAGAGAAAUAUCUCGAGUGAGAUGCAAACAUUAAGAGUUCGAGCUUUGUUUAUGAAAGAUAAUAAACAAAAUAUAUAUAAAUAUAAAUCCAGUGAAAGAAUGUAAAAUCUUCUAAUGGAUGCUUUCAUAAAAGUUGUAUCGUCAUACAUUACUGGAUGUAUGUAGGUUUUUCUUUCAUCUAUAGAAACAGUGCAUGUUGGUCUCAAAAAUUAGUGGCCUCAUGAGUUUGUCAAAGGCAGUAUUAUCUGUAUUUUCAAGGCUUUAAAAGUUUAUUUUAGUAAAACUUAGUUUUUUCAACUUGGUGGAAGAGUUGCAUCACAUCAAAACCUUCCCAGAAUAUUUUAAAAUAUUUUCACACUAGCGAGUUUUGAAAUGUUGCUUCCAUUUUAUAAAAGACGACUUCAAAAUCCCGCUUGUUAAAAAACUUUACAUUUACGACCGAAUAGAAUCUUACAAGAACCAUGCAGACGACCAGAUCUUGAAAUUUGUAAUAAGAACAAAACAAAGUUUAAUAUUUGAAAAAAAAAAAAA